AAGUUUCAAAUCAUACUGAAGAAAUCAUACUAAAGAAAAAUCAGAAAAAUCUGUUUAGUAUGAUGCGCGCAUUUAGUAUUACGAUGAAAGUAAAGAAAAACACUGCAUUUACAGUCAUUCACAAAGCGCAAAGUUGGACGCCUCAAUCCAAGGAUACCUCACUUUGAAAGAAACCCUAAAUUAAUAAUAUCUACUCGAUUUAGCUCCCUUUUUAUUACACGGAAUUUUAAAUUUCAUCAAUAUAUUAAUGUUCCUAAGCAAGAACCGAAAACAUGAAAGACGCUCAUUACAGGAAACGGACCAAUCAGAUUUUGAGUUGCCAUUUCGUUUCACACGUCUCCGUUCUUUGAUAGCCUUCACAUUGAAAGCGCUGGAUUAACUUUGGUAAAUUAAUUGAUCGUUAACAAAAGGAGCACUUGAUUACUUUCAAAUCAAUAGGAAAAUUAAGUGCUAGGAAAACAGACUUGACAAUCAUAGCAACUACUUCUAUUUACGAGUGUCAAACAAGCGCAUGUUGCGAGCAGAAGAUUAUUGACGUCGCAGCUUGUAUGAUUUCCACCAAUGGCGUACGUUGUAUCCGAGAAAAGCCAGAUUUCACCGUUUGACGUUUUGUUGGGAACAAUCUCAAGCCAGCUCACCCGAGAAAGUAUACGCAAGAUUAAAGUACAGCUUCGCGGCCAUGUUACAAAAGAACACCUCGGCAAACUUAAAGGUGGAUUCGAUGUCAUUCACAUUCUUCAAGAACGAGGAUUAGUCACUGAGAGAAAAUUGUCUUUCCUGCGAAAACUUUUGCAAGACUGUGAAUUGUUAGCACUUAUCGAACUAUUGGAUGAAUAUAAACAAGCUGUGCAAGUUAUGAAUGGCAAAUCGAAGGAAGGUGAAAACAGCGCCACAAUCACUCGCAGAAUUAACGCCCUGCAGCGGCUGAUGGGAAGGCAGCUGGAAGAAUUGGCGCAUUGUUCCUCGCGGGGAAAUGAUUUGAAGAAGAAUCUUGAAGAAAAACAAACGUUGCUUGAUUCACAGAAAGAAAUUCUGAUUGUGGGUCAAGAAGCUGUCGAUCGUAUCCUGGAGCAACGAGAAGUGGCGGAACAAGAAAGAAGCGUAGUCGAAGAAAGAGCACAGGAAAAUGAAGCCAUGUUUGAAGCCCAGGAAAGAGAUCUAAAUGAAUUGCAGAGCCUGUUGGGAACUAAGGAUAAACAGUUGAAGAAAUCUGGACGAGGAGAUAAGAGGAAAACUAUCUUUGAAAAACACACCAAUGAGAAAGCAAGUAAGACUUUGCAGACGUUAAACAAACAAAAAGACGAAAAACAAGAAACCUUGAAAAAAAUGAUCAAAUCCGUGGACGAUAUUAGGCUUCAGUUGUUGGCAAAACGCGAGGCCGUCAGACAUCAUAACGAGGCCACAUUUCUAAAAACACAAGAACUUGUGAGUGUUGACCAAUGUAUUUUGGAAACGAUGGAGGAUGUUAGAAAACUGAAGCAGGAAAUACGAAAGAACGAGUUCGAACUGUCUGAUUUACAGUAUCAAAUCAAUGAGACACAAGAAGAACUUGAACGAACUAGAAGCAAUGGCAUGGCAAAUAAAGCUUAUAAAAUACCGCUCUGGAGAUUAGAAAACACAGAAAAGCAGAACACAAAGAGUUUGAAUUAUUCAGAAGUUCUCGAGGAGAAUUCCUAUUCACUUGGCUCACUGGGCAGUCGUACUGUUUCCCUUCAAUUCGACUUCCCGUGCUGCGUAGCAAGUCACAAAGGACUAAUCUAUACCGCUGACCGAACUAACUGCCGUGUUCUGGUGUUUGACUCUAUGGGGGAGCUCGCUCGGGAACCACUUGAGUUUGGAAACAUGGGCCCUGUAGCUAUUGCAGUCAAUAAACGAGGAAACAUAAUAACAACAGACUCGCAGAUAAUAAAGGUUUUCAGUUCGGAUGGGGCAUUAUCGCAUAACUUUCUUCCUGUUUACAGCAAGAGGGACACAAGGCCAGAAAUCUCUGCGCUGACUGUGGAUCGCGACGGAAACAUAUUGGCGGCCGAUCGACCGAACCACAGAAUACAAAAAUUUCGUAUUGAUGGUCACUUUUUAGGUUUUAUUGGUGGUUCAAUGUACCUUCAAUAUCCCAGCGGUGUAGCGAUCACGAAGAACAAUGAUGUUGUGAUCUCUGAAUGUGAAAGUCACCAGCUGAAAAUCUUCCAUGAUCACGGAAAGUCUUUUACCGUAGUGGGUCAUAACGGGGCUGGCAAAAAUCAAUUCAUGAAUCCCAGAGGGCUUUCUGUAGACAAUGUGGGUAAUAUUUUAGUGGCUGACAGCUUGAACCAUCGUAUUCAAGUGAUAGACCCACAGGGGAAUUUCAUUGGUAGUUUUGGGAGAUUGGGAUCAGGACCCGGAUGUAUUGAUACUCCGUAUGCAGUAUCGGUGAAUCGCCGAGGUCACGUGAUUAUUGCAGAUAGUGGUAAUCACCGUGUGACGGUUUUUACUUGAUACUGUUACUUUUGAUGUGAGAAAGCAACUAGCUCCGUAAAAACCUCAUUGAAUUCUUAUUUAGUAUUAAAAUAGUUUUUGAAUGUCAUUUUAGGUCUCAUUCUUGUUAGGUAAAAACUAUUAAAAAGGGUAGUUUAAAUCAA